UUGGUCACACAAACGCUUUGAUUCCAGUCAUGCAUUUCGAUCUCUUUAUGACCAGAUACCUGUAAAAAUGGUGGAGAGUGAAGAGAUUCAUAUUCCUAGCCUGAUCUCCAAACUUCCAGAAACUUUUUUUAUGUUCCAACGAAAGCGAUACCUGUGUGAUGUCAUGAUAAUCACAGCCAAUGGUUUCAUCCCAGCUCACCGAGUGGUCCUAGUAGCUGGGAGUCAAUACUUCUAUGAAGCUGACACGAUGAGAACAUACACCAAUUCAAAGGAUCCGAACUUUCAUCUUAACUACGACAUUGAAGAUGUGCGGAAAAUUGUGAAUAUGUUAUACACAGGAAAAUUAAUGAUCAACAAGUGUAAUGCUGAUAGGAUAGCAGCCAUUUGUGCAGAGUUACGGCUAAAUGAAGCUCUAGAAAAGUGCCUUGUGUUUAUGGCAGAGAUAGGGAUAGCUAACCACGAAAGUCUAGUUAAUUUGUCUGAGAGAAGGACAGAGUUUGUGCACAAAAUAAACGAUACUGAAGGUACAAACAAUAACAAACAUGGAGCCUACGACAUAUUCAACACUGAGGAUGACACUUCUAAUGCACUAGUUCUAAAAAAAAGAAAGCAGUCUGCUUCCGUGGAUGAAAGCAAAGGGAAAAGUCGGAAGAAAACCAAACGUACUGUCACAAAGAAAGGAAAGAAAAGCCAGAUUGGUAACGAAUCUGAUGUGUCUUAUAUUGAAAAGAAAAGCCAGAUAAGUGACGAGUCUGAUGUGUCUUAUAUUGAAAAGAAAAGUCAGAAGAAUGAGGGGUGUAGUGUGUCCGAUAUCAGAGAGCAGUCCACAGAAUCUGUGAUCACAAUACAGCCAAUAACCAACCCGGACUUGUCCUUAGAGGAGAAUGUUAACCAAGGAGAUUUCACAGAAAAUAAGAUUGAUCAGAGUCCGGAACAGGACCAGACUCCUAACAGCUUCGUGUCCGAGACAUGUGGUGAAUUUACAAAAGAAGCAACUCCCACUGAGAAGGAGGAUGAAACAAGUGAAAUGCAGUCCUGUAUGUUCAUGGAUUUAAGUGAACUGAAAGUAUAUGAAUCAAAGCCUCAACAGGCAGAGAAAGUGACAAUCACAAAACAGUUUGAUCCUGACGGAACCAUUACAGAAGCCUAUCAACAGGACCAAGAGUUCCUCGGCACUAGUCAAGUGGAGAAGCGAGUGAACUGUAGGACCUGUAAGAUGGUAUUCAAGGAUGCCCAGUCCUUAACAGAGCAUCGUCGUGAAAUCCAUCCCUCCAACUUCAAAAAACAGAGAUUUGUGUGUGAUAUAUGUAAUGCUAAGCCGAACAAUCAUGUCACACUUGUCGAACACAAAUUUAAGAAACAUGGAAUUACAUAUGACAAAUCAAAAUAUCCUAUUUACAGAUGCGAUGAACAGGAGUGUGAGUUUGAAACAAUAGUCCCGUACAAACUGUCCGAACACCGGAACACGGUCCACUCCGGUCUGUCCUGUAUGUGUGAGACUUGUGGCAGAGCCUUCAAAAGCAAAAGUGUACUCAAGUAUCACAUACAAUCCACCCACUCCGAGUCCAGGCCCACCUUCAUUUGUAACACGUGUGGCAAAACGUACUUCACAGGCCAGGCACUGAAGAAACACAUGGAGUACCACACUGGCACCCAGAAACGACUGCUGUGUCAUUUAUGUCCGUACAGUAGUGUGGGGAGACAGGAACUAAACAACCACCUCCUGAAGCUUCAUAACGUCCCAGUACCAAAGAAAACCAAAGUACACCAGUGUGAAAAAUGUGAUUACUACUCACUGAAUCGGACCCAGUUCAACAGACACGUAGCUAUGCAUGAUGGACGAGAAAAGGCAUUCAUAUGUUCUCAAUGUGAUAAGGCGUUCCCAUCCAUGUAUAAUCUGAAGAGUCACGAAAAACGACACAGAGCAGAGACAGUAAGAUGUCCCCAUGAUGGCUGUAAUUUCUUCACAAAGUUCAAACACAUCUUGAAAAACCACAUCACUGGGAAGCACACCAAUACUAAUUUCAAACCCCACAAGUGCCACUUAUGUGAACACAGCUGUAAGUUGAAGGGGAACUUGAACAAGCAUUUAGUAAAUAAACAUGGACUGGAGGUCAUGACAGAGGUCAAACAACGCAAGAUCGCCUUGGAAACAGGCCAAGGAUAUAAUGAAAUCCUAGUGGAUCGGGCAAAAUCUAGGAUUGCAAAUACCAUUCCUUAUCUGGGGUCACUAUGUGAAGUCAUGGGCUCCAUUACGAGAAAAACAGCCCGCAUCAGAGACAAAGGUGAUAUGUUGGCCAAAAUAUGUAAAGACUAUUCAGAUGAAGAGAAAGUUAGCCAUUCCCUGAAGGCUGGUCUACGAUCCUGUGCAGAAAACCUGUCUAUAAUACAGGAUUACAGACAUGCUCAAGUUCAGAGGAUGGAGUCAAAGGUCGUAAGACCAAUCAGUGACUAUGGCAACAUCUGUAAACAAAUCAGAUCAGGUGUAAAGAGGGAGUUGGAUGCUGUCAAGCGAGAGGACAAGAAAAAAACAGAACUACAGAAGAUACGUUCGAAGACUCCAGGAAAUGCACACCAAAUUGCUCAGUCUGAUGUUGAGCGGGCCAGGGAAGAAGCCUCUAUAGGUAGUAAACAUUUAGAGGAACAAAUGGUCACAUUCGAGAAGAGGAGGCUUCAUGAUGUUAAAGCUGCCAUGUUAGACUAUUUUAAAGUUCAGUUAGUUUUCCAUGCAAAAGCAAUUGAAUUUUACUCCAAGUGCUUUGAGAGUAUGUCUAUGGUGGACGAGGAGAGGGAUGUACAGGAAUUCCAGAGGACAUUGUCAAUGGCUAGAGGAGGACCAGACAUUGAGGAUAUCAGUCAUGCCCUUACUUCCAUGACAACAACGAAUGGUUACUCAGACACGCUUGGCAGCACGGACCCUUAUACCUCUACGUAUGAGUCGACUGCUUCUGACCAUCGAAGAGUACGCAUUAGUAAAACUUCUACAAUGUAUGGAGAUGAGGACGACGAUGAUGAAGACGAUUAUGAUGAAGAUGAUGAUGAAUAUGAUUUAUCAACAGCAAGAUGAAAAAGUGAAAGUGUAACUGCGCAAAAUUAGAUGAAAUCUUCCGAUUUUCUGGACCUCGACAACGGUCGUCUGUGUAAUCUUCUGUGCUGGACCUCUCAGAGUACAAGGGGAUUUUUCGUCAUAUCAACAUAUUGAGACUAAAGUUACCACCAUUGUUAGUUAGAUAAUUAGAGAUGCAGAUGUGUCUCAGAGGUGCUUAUCAUAAAGAGAGCUGUAGAGAUAGAUUUUCAAUCAAAAAUUGUCCACUUUGACAUAGUUUGAUAAAGAAUACCUUUUAAGUUUUGCAGAAAUGCGUUCAUUGCAUUUAGCUGAUGCAUGAUCAUAUCAUAUUGUUGAGUGAUUUAUAAUGCAUAAAACAAACUGUGAACAUAUCAUUACAAACACUUGUGUUUUUAAAAUAUGUAAGUGUAUUUUUUAAGUUUUUCAGUUCCGAAAUUAUUUUGUUAGAUUUUUUUAUCAGUGAAAGGUUGUCAUGACAACAUAUACGUCCAUUUCCAUGAUUCUGUGAUAUUAUGUCUGUCGGACGAGUUGAAGUUUAUUUAUUUUGUUAUUUAUAUGUAUAAUUCAUUGUAUACUGAAAGAUUGCAUUUUAUACUUUAUUUAUUUGUUUUUAACCUGCUAGUACAGUUAAUUAAUUUGAUAAUAGAUAUAUUUCAUCUUCUAGGAUGAUUUUAAUUUACAGGUUACUAUUGAUUUUAAUAGAUGGGUCUGUAUCGAAACAAAUAAAGAGAGAGAGAGACAAGA